CCCCAGUAGCGGAAUAGCAGCAGCAGCAGCGGCAGCAGCAGCGGCGGCAGUGUGUGAAUGUGGCAAUCGAGGUAGACAGGGAGGGGUGGAAAUACUAACCGGACCGGUGUGGUUCUCAUUUUUGGGUCCCGUUUUGCUGUAUUUUUCGUUUCUUGUACCGCCAGGCCAUCACGGUCGACACCACGCCACGUUUAGGAACUUGUUUGCGGGGCUGCGGAGCCGGUUGGCGCUUUUCUUCGGGACUAAGUGCUGUCGUUGUGGAAAUAGUCCAGAAGAAAGACGGGAAGGCAGGAACAACAUGGGGCGAUAAUAAAAAAAUGUGUUGUGUAGCGAACCGACGAUGACUCUCUGGGAGGACCCGUGAAGCCUAUUUAUUUUUAUUUAUUACCCAUUUUUACCCCCACCCCCUGUAGCCUCUUUUGCAUUAUUCCCACCUUGUUAGUUUGGGGAAUCGUUUUAAGGGAAAAGGCGGCGUUACAAGAGGACUGAAGGAUGGACCAAGCCGGCAUCCUGAGAAACUUUAUCCAGAGGGUGAAGGCCAUGAGCGAAUUGGACGAGGACAGGGCAGAGGACAACUUCGGCAGCGACUUUAUGCGGUUGCGGCGGCUAUCAACCAAGUACCGAACGGAGAAGAUCUACCCCACCAACGUAGGAGAGAGGGAAGAAAAUGUGAAGAAGAACCGAUACAAAGAUAUACUGCCAUUUGACCACACUAGAGUAAAGCUGACAUUAAAAACAACCAAUCAGGACACAGAUUACAUCAACGCAAACUUUAUUAAGGGUGUUGAUGGCCCAAAAACCUACAUCGCAACUCAGGGUCCGCUCCCAAACACGGUCAUCGACUUCUGGAGGAUGAACUGGGAGUACAAUGUCGCUGUUAUUGUAAUGGCUUGCCGAGAAUUUGAGAUGGGAAGGAAAAAAUGCGAGCGGUAUUUUCCAUCACGAGACGAGGAGCCCUUGAGUUUCGGCCCUUUCCGAAUCUCCUGUGAAUCAGAGCAGCAAAGAACAGACUACUUUAUCAGGACUUUGACGGUGCAGUAUAAUAACGAAACACGGCGGAUAUCUCAGUUCCAUUAUAUCAACUGGCCUGAUCACGACGUCCCAUCGUCGUUUGACUCCAUAUUGGAUAUGAUCGGACUAAUGAGGGAAUACCAGGAGAACGAUGACGUUUCUAUUUGUGUUCACUGCAGUGCAGGUUGUGGGAGGACGGGGGCUAUUUGUGCCAUUGACUACACGUGGAAUCUCCUCAAAGCUGGGAAAAUUCCAGAGGACUUUAACGUUUUCCGGUUAAUCCAAGAGAUGAGGACGCAGCGGCAUUCUGCUGUUCAAACAAAGGAGCAGUAUGAGUUGGUUCACAGAGCGAUCGCUCAGCUUUUUGAGAAACAACUGCAGCUUUUGGAGAGCCCCACCAGCACGCAGAUACAUGAUGGCAUGAACGAAAGCAGUCCGGACAAAACAAGCAUUCAGUCAGAUGAGGAACGAUGGGACGCUCCGCCGCCUAAACCUCCUCGCAUUCGCAGUUCGCAGGUGGAAGGUGACGUUAAGGAGGAGAUUCUCCAGCCCCCCGAGGCUCACCCCGUCCCCCCGAUUCUCACCCCGUCUCCCCCGUCUGCUUUCCCCACCGUCACCAACGUACGGCAGGACAACGACCGCUACCAUCCCAAACCCGUCAUACAUGUCCUGGAUACCACACAGCGCAGCCUGAAAGAGAACGAAGAAGCGAAUAAGCAGCAGAACCAGUCCGAAUCCAGUCUCCGCAAACCUGCCAGCCAAUCAAAGCCUAGAGAUCUGAAUGUACAAAGCCAGAAUCAGCAGACCCAGGUCUCACACCUGGAUCUCAACGACAACUACAACAACAAAUCUUCGUCAACGUCAACAAAGUCCGAAUCGGGCCCGAGCCAGACUCCGACGCCCUCCUCGCCCCUGUCGCCGGUCGUCGAAUGCUGCGGCGCCCCUCGGAUCGAGAGGAAGCUCAGCAUAGAGAUCAAGAAGGUGCCGCUGCAGGAAGGACCUCGCAGCUUCGACACCUCCUCCUCCACGGGAGCCAACAAUUCGACUAACAGUGGCUCCACGCUGCAAAGGGCCCACGCCUUCAAAGCCCGGUCCGGUCAAACCUUGCUGACGUCCAGCUCUUCUUUGUCGGAGGACUCCGGGACGGAGGGGGGGUCGGGCGGAUGCGGAGAGAGGCACUCGGACGAGGGCGUCCUAACCAGACCGAACCACCUUCCCGUGACGAGUGACGGCAAGAAGAAGACGCAAGACGCGAAACCCGGCCACACGACAUGGACGCACUCCUGCAACAGCCCCGAAAAACCGUUUCCCAAGACCUCCUCCUCCUCUUCUUCCUCGGACAGAGCCGCUCCAUCCUCCUCUUCCUCGUCCCACAUAUCCUCCUCCUCAUCGUCGUCGUCCUCCUCCACUCCUGUCAGGACUGCCCUGAGUUUCACCAACCCCCUGCACUCCGAUAACUCUGAAGAGGAGGGGAACGAGGAGAUGUCCGAGCUGAAGGAGAGUUAUCAUAAAAACGUCUCCACGGCGACAGGCACCGUGACCACCUCACCUCACCUGGAAACCCAGCAGUCCAUCAGAAAGGUGCUGCCCAUGUCCAUCGCGGGACAGACCAUCCCAUCACCCUCUGCAAGCCCAGCAAACUGCUGGGACACUGACGACUCUCCUCCCCCUCUCCCUGAGAGAACCCCCGAGUCCUUCAUACUGGCCACAGAUCCUCUGGAAGUGAAAACAUCAGCCUUAGCUGAAUGGAGCUGCUCACAAAAAGAUGUCUCUGAUUGUUGUGAGGCAUCGCCAGCGGUGUCUGCAUCAGACGGCGGCACAGCAGGAGUUAGCCAAGUAGACCUGGGUGGGGUUCGGUAACCGCUGCAUUCAGCCCAAAGGCCCUCGAGAACCCUCUGUGAAGUGGACAUGAUGGAAGGAUCCAUCCACCAUCGGCUGUUUUCCCUAUUAGGAUACGGAGUCCGGACUGGUUGGCCCAAAUUAAAACAUAAACAAAAAAAAGAACAGGCUGUCACGCAGGAAAAUAAAAUAAAAGAGACUUUUAUUCCUGAGUUUUUGCUCCUCACAUUGUUGACUUCUGUAGAAGCUGACAUGGGAUCUCUCUGUUAAACUGAUAGCGGGCUAAAAGAAGAGCCUAGUUUCUUCUUCUUUUUUUUUUUUUUUUUUUUACACUAAAUGAAGCGAGAUCUAAGAGACUUUUAAACUAGUUUCAAACCAAAUGAGAAGAAAAGCAACUUCAUCAGGAAAAGCUAGAGAGCAGGGAAGCAGUUCUCUGUCCCAGAAGUGGUUCUGCUGCCUCCCGCUGAACGAACAAUCUUCAAAGCGAACUUAGAUAAUCUCGUACUCAUGAUGCAACCUUUUCAGUUGGGUAUGCAGAGGUUGCCUGGGUACUUUCUCUGACUUCUUUUGUAUUGCUGUCUCUCUCUUUGUCUCUUCUUUCUGGUGCUACUUCACUCGAGAUCAGGAUAGAUACUGGAGCACUGGGGGUUUAACACCAUUCAGUAAUUCGUCAACUUUGUUGUGGUUUUUCUAUCGGGUUCCACUGUUUUCCAUUUUUAUGCCCUUUUUUUUGUUGGCGUCCGUAUGCUAACAGGAUUUGUUAAUUGCUUGAUUUUACCCUUAAAUCUGACUUUGAGUCACUAAUGUUGGAGAAUUUUCUUUCGUUCUUAUGUGCUUUAAUCUAUUUCCUACCGAGUCUGAGAAACACAAGAACAGAAAGUAUUUUUUUUCCCCUUCUUUUUCACUGACUCUUUCAGACCAAUCAGAUGUAGCUUGGGCUGCAAGAUUGAUGGGGAGUUUUUAAAACGGCAGAAAAUUCAUAAUAAGUCAUUUGCAAAAUUGAAAAGAUCAAUCAUUUAUUUAUUAGAACUUAAAAUCUAAAAAAAGAAAAUGUAUGUUUCUGGUUUUCUCUUUUCGGGCACCCUGGUAAAGAUGUGUCAAAAGCCUAAAACUAAAUUCUUUUUUUAUUCCAGUAGCACAAUCCUACACUGAAAUCUGAUUUUUAUUUAAGAAUAUUUGCUAUUAAUUAAUAUUAACAGAAAGACCUCCAGUUGUUUUGUACUCUUUUCAGUAUUCCCAUUGUCUGUGGAAGAGAAACGGGCCCACAGCAUCACGGAUCCACUACUGUACAUAACAGUAGGCACAAAACGGUUUCAGCAUCUUCACACCAAACCCACCUGGACUGAUUAAUGUGGAAAAGUUUAAUAUUAAUCCUGUCUGACCAAAAUCCUUCUGAUCACUGUUCUAGAGCUAGUAGAAACUUAGUAAAUUAUAAAAUAAUGGAAAAGUGUAAAUUAUGACAUGCUUAAGUUGCAUUUAGUUAAUUGAAAGAGGGACCAACGAUUGUUCCAGCUGUGACUUUGUUUAAGAACGAUCUUAACUUUUGUCCCCUCGCUGAAUAAAUGUACUGACAUUACAUGCUGGACUUUUCAACAUUUCUCUGUAAGAAAUUGUUUCUCUAAUAAAAUAUGAAUAUUUUGGGGGGGUUUUUAUUAUUAUUUGAACAGUUUUUCCACAUCUUCACCAGGGGUGUCAGUAGCUCUGGCCAAAACUGUUACUGUUUUUGUCCUCUUCCUAAAAUGUCUCCUCAUGGCUUCUCACAGUAUAUCUGUGUUUCAGAGUCUGAAUGUUACACCUGAAACACUUGAAACUGGGAUUUGACAGAAAUAUUAAACCGCCAGCUGCUCCUCUUUCACACACACACACACACACACACACACACACACACACACCAACAGGCUAACCCCUGUACCUGUUGAUGAUCCUAUAACACACCAGGAGCAGCUAUAAAGACCAAGGACCUUUUUUUUUAUUUUUUAGCAACAGUGGCCGUACAGUAUAUGCAUAGUUUUUUUCUAUAAAGAUAAAGAACUGUAUAGAGCAGUUUAGAUAUGUAAUGUUUCCAGUUUUUUUUUGCUAUUCUUUAAAUAUUUGCAUUAACAGAAGAUGUAAGAAGUUCAGUGCAUGAUGAUGAUGAUGAUUCCUCCCCAUGGAUAAUGUAAGUUAUUCUGAUAUCUUAUGGUGAACAUGUUCAGGGUUUAAGUUUUUUUUGUUGUUUUCAGACUUUAUGGCUAACAGGUUAAUAAAUGUUUUAUUAUUGGGCAGAGCAGGAAGCACAGACCGCCUACUGGGCCUUGAAUGAUGACUACAAUGGGCUCUGGAUAAGAUUGUAUUAAUAAUAAUAAUAUUAAUGAUGGAAAUAAUAAUUCAUUGUUUUUGUACAUGAUAUUUUGAAAGUUAUUUUUGUACACAAAGUUGUCUGUUGCGUCCCACAUGCUCACUCAGCUUCUCCAUUUUAUAAAACCUCCCUUUUUCUCCCCCAGUUAUUUUAUGCGCUAACAUUUUUUUUUUUUUUUUUGACUUUUACUUAGUAUCUUAGGGUUUAAAUUUUCCUUAAAGCUGUGAUACUUUACUGAUCGCUUCAAUUAAGCAGAUGUAAGCUGCUGGCGGUUCAGAGUUACACAAAAAGAAAACACACACACAGACAAGAUGUGGGCUACUUAACUGUUUUGUUUUCUCGUUUUUCUGUCUCCGCUUCACUCAUUUAUGCAAACCUCAAGCUCAGAAAGGAGCCCAACUCCUGUGCCUUUAAGCGAGAACGCCUCCCAUCCUCUCCAACCUCUCCUUCAAUCGUCAUUUAACUAAAAUGUGAGUUGAUUCGUUGCCUCAUCCUCUUGCUCCACCAUAACACAAAAACACACACAGACCCACUCCAAAUGUUUGUAUAUUGCAGAAAUCAAUCAGUAAAGAUGAACCUAAAGUAA